AUGACGACCCAAGUCUUGUCGUCGUCGUCAACCGACACGAAUAUGAGUGCACAACCGCAGCCGCAGCAACCACCACCACCACCACACUCCCAGUCCGCCCUGUUACAACCCGACACGACAUCUCCGACACUAGCCACCACCAACAACCCCACCCUGUCCACUUCCGCCAACAACGCCAAUACCACCCAAAACAACAACAACAACCGCCAGAGUCUCCGUCGCAGUCUCAUGUCGACCCGCAGUCACACAUCACAGCGCUCCAGACCUGCAUCUUCCGUCUUUCCCAUCUUUCCCUCGUCGCUCUCCUAUGCUCUGGUCCGCGACUUUGCCUAUCCUCAUUUCCACCCUCUACAUUUCGGUCCUUCACCUGAACCCGAUAGCCGUACAUCCGAUGACGCCUCUGCCAUUUCAUCUAGCAGACGCCUCAGCGAUCCUCCUAUCGGAAGCUGGGACUCUCGCGGCUGGGGAGCUGGGCCUUGGGGCGGUGAUGGCGGCGCCCACUUCACCUCAGGCGAUCAAUUGCCUUCCACAAGCUUCGACGACGACGCUGCCGAUGACGACCAUACGAGUACUGGCAAGCUGGCAAAGAACCACAGAAAGAGCAAGUCGGCGCAUGAGGAGUCUAGGNGCAGAAGUACUACGAAACGCGGGCCGCGCAACCAAGUACCAGGCCUCGACAGUCAAGGUUUCUUCGCUGCUGGUCCGGAUGACGAUGAAGAGGAAGAGGACGAUACAGAAGACGAAAGCAUCCACCACAAUAGAAGCACUGGCAGCACCUUGCCAGCACAUCGCUAUACACACUCACCAGAAGGCCUCUCCAGCCGCCAUCAUGCCCGCCUCUCAGCACUCGAACCUCCCUUCUCGGAUAGCAGCGACCCAGCUGAUGCACCAGGCGGCCCUCUACAUCACCUUCACGACGGUCACGCUCACCGCCCUACAUCAACCUCGCUGGACGAAUCUUUUGCAGGACCCAGUCUAGCCCUAUACAACUUUGUCCCUGAAAACAGCAACGAGCUCGCUUUACGCGAGGGUCAGAUUAUCCAGGUGGGCUAUAGACACGGCCAAGGCUGGCUGGUAGCCAUGGACCUCGAGUCGGGUGAGCAAGGCUUGGUUCCGGAAGAAUACGUGCGUCUGCUUUCCGAAAUCGAAGGAUGGGGAGAACACCUCGAAGGAGUAGAAGAGGAGGGAGAAGGAGACGAACACAGCACCUUUGAAGAAGAACUGGCAGAAGAAGUGCACAACGAAAGCAGGGAAAGGGAUACGAACGCCAAAGCUGCUGCUGUCGCUUCGGAAGGCGAGAAGAAUCUGCCAGUACGAGAUAAAGAUGUGCGGUAG